AUGAGUAGCAAACUUUGGGAGUUUUUUAUUCAAGAUGAUGUGGAGAGCUUCCGGCAGUUCCUCGCAAACGCAACUUUUGCGGGGCCGCGAGCUGCAGGGGGGCUCGGAGGCGCUUCCAUAGCUGCAACAGCAACUAAUCUGACAUAUAAAGCUGGAAGCCCUGGGUCGAUGAUCUCUUCUUCCCCAAACCCUCCAAAGCAGAAGAAAAGUGUCGGCCCGUCACCCGGAACAUCGGCACCUGAGCGGCCGGGCUUUCAGCGAGCAGGCACAACUUUGUCGCGCGCCGAUAUCAAUGCUCGUGAUCACUAUGGCCGGACCCUUCUACAUCACAUUGCUUCAUCGUCAAAGCCCACCGCCGCCAAAUUUGCUCGCACAUUGUUCGAAAUUCCGUUCCUUGAUAUUUAUGCACAGGACUGGGAGAAUGGAUGGACGGCACUCCACCGUGCCCUUUAUGCGGGUAACGCUACAAUCGCCCUGGCAUUGAUGGAGCGGGACCAGCGUGAUGCUACCGAUUUCAGCAAGAUGGAAAAAACAGGGCAGAUUGGAAGCUUGAUCAAGAUCAAGGAUCGUGAGGGCUAUAGCCCGUUCGAUGUCUAUGGAGCGACCAUUACCUCUCGUGAUAUCAAACGGAUGACUUCGUCAAGGCCAUGGAAUCAUGAUACUACGGUUGACUACUCCAGAGACGGUGAUGCUGAUUCGAGUGCCGGGUCCAAUGACGAAGAGGACGGCGAAGAGGAUAACUAUCUUGCUCGAUUCUCACUCAAGUCAACCUCAACGGAUUUCUCCGCCGAUGAAGUGUUCACCUUCGGUAGUAACAAGAACUUAAACCUUGGGCUUGGGGAUCAGGAUGACCGCCAGUUUCCUGAACGGAUCACAUUGAAGCGCCCUGAACAUCUUUUGAAUCGGUUUUAUCAUGAAUAUCAAGAAGAGCUAGGGCUUGAGCCCGUCCUCACAGAUGAAUUGCCAACGUUGAUCAGAAACAAGCCGAUGAAGAUACAGAAUACUGUCAUGUCCAAGUUACACACUGCAAUCAUUACAGAUGAUCCGGAAGCCAAUCUGUUCAUCUGUGGAUUUGGGCCGGGCGGUCGCCUGGGGACGGGCGAUGAAGCCACACGAUUCACCUUUUCCUGCAUCGAAACAGGUGGGCUGGCAGGAAGGAAGGUCAUAUCGGUCGCUCUCGGCCAGGACCACACCCUAGCCAUCACUGAGUACGGCGAGAUCUUUAGCUGGGGAAGUAAUAAAUUCGGUCAGCUGGGAUAUGGCCUACCCAGGACAAACAACAAGAAUGAUGUUCCCAUACAGACCACGCCUCGCCAGAUUUUCAACCCGUUCAAGAAAGAAAAAAUCAUCGGUGCAGCGGCAUCGUCAAUCCACUCGGUGGUUUUCAGCGUUUCCGGGCUCUAUACCUUCGGCAAAAACGAAGGCCAACUCGGCUUAGUAGAUUCAGAUGCGCGAUCGCUUGAAGUUCAAACCACCCCCCGGCGGGUUGGAGCGUCACUCUUCAACUCUCCAAUUCAGAUGGUAUCUGCAAUUGACCAAGCCACUGCUGUACUUUUGCAAAACCAUGAGGUCUGGGUGUUUUCGCAAUACGGCUACUCGAAGCUGGCAUUUCCACUUGAGGCUACCUCGAGAUUUAUCCGAGACAGCUUCAUGGCCACGAGAUAUGAUGCGUCUGUGAAUCGCAUUGUCAAACUCACAUGUGGUGGAAGCACUAUCUGUGCUUUGUCUAGCUCUGGUGAUGUUUUUACUGUUCAGGUCAAUAAGCCCGAGAAUCCAUCGAUGCCGACCUCAACCACAAAUCCAGCCAAAAUCCGUAAUUCUUUGGCCCCGCCCGUGAGAGCUUGGUCUGCCAAACAGUCACACAUGGCUGCUAGCGAUGUAGAUGUGGGUCAAGACGGAUCGAUCAUUAUCUGCACAACCUCGGGCUCCGCCUGGAGAAAGGAGAAACGGACAAAGAAAAAAGAAGGCACUUUCAAGGACUACAAGUUCGCCCGCAUACCUGGUCUAUCAAGAGCUGUGGCCGUGCGCAGCAAUGCCUUUGGGGCCUAUGCUGUUGCCCAACGUGACUACAACGUGACAAAAGAACAAGUACAUAUCUCUCAAAGUACUCUUUUGGAUGACCUCUUACCCCUCUCGCCAUUUGGGCUCCCUGCUCCGGAUGAUGUAGAGAUGAUGAUGGAAGAGGGGACAACCCCAAUGGAGAUGUCUUCUGCGGAAGCCAUUAAAAGAGGCAUGCUAUCGUCUGUUGACAUGGAGGAUCAAUACCUUUCUAUGCGUACCGAGGGAACUGUUUGGAUCACUAGCUCUCUAUCCGAUGCACGAAUUCCAGUGCAUGAGUUUUUACUUAGUGGUCGCAGCCCCGUUCUCAGGAAGGCACUCCAGGAGUUCCGGGCAUCAUAUUACUCCUCUGUUCCUGAUGUUCUGGAUGUGGAGUACGGAAAAGAUGGUCACAUGCAGAUCCAGCUCCAUGGCGUUGACUUCCUCACGGUUUUAAACCUUGCCUUCUUUCUAUACACCGAUAAUGUUCUCGAUGUAUGGCAUAAAAGAAAAACCUCACCUCAAAAUGCCACCCGCUAUCGCCAAGUACGCACAGAAGUGAUGCGGCUUGCUCUCCAGCUUGGUUUACCAACCCUUGAACGCGCCGCGAGAUUAAUGCUAGACCCUGAGCCAAGUUUGAAGCAUGACAUGGCCCUUGCCAUCAAUGAUAGCUCAUUCUUUGAUGAUGCCGAUGUGGUGGUUCAGCUUAAUGGCGGUAUCGUUAAGGUCCACAGCCAGGUGGUGUGCCAGAGAUGCCCAUUCUUUGAUGCGUUAUUUCAUGGGCGAUCUGGUGGUCGAUGGCUUGCCUCACGGAAGGCAGACCGCUCGGGGAUUGUUCAUGUUGACCUCAAACAUUUUGAUAGAUCGAUAUUUCUUUUCGUUCUGCAGUACAUGUAUGCAGAUACUGAAGAGAAAUUGUUUCAUGAAGUGCGGACAAAGACUCUCGAUGAUUUCAUCGACUUGCUCCUCGACGUGACUUAUGUGGCGAAUGAGUUGAUGAUUGAUAGACUAUCACAGAUCUGUCAGAACAUGCUUGGUCGAUUUGUCAACACACGCAAUAUCACGUAUCUUCUCAACUCAGUCUUCCCUAUCUACAUGGGGGAGUUCAAAGAGGCUGCCCUGGAGCAUAUUUGUCUCGACCUUGAGUCUAUGCUUACGAACAGAUAUCUCGACGGUCUUGACGAUGAUCUCCUCGCUCAGCUCGACAAAGUCUGUCAAGGGAAUCAGCUGGCUUCCUAUCCCAUCUCUCGUGGACGCAACACCGAAGCAUACGUGUUCGAGAAAUAUCCAGAGAUUGUCAGCUCUAUUAAAUCGGACCAACGACGAAGAAUCGAUGCCAUGGUCUUGCAAUCCCGCUUGAGUCAAGUCGAGUCAUAUGACGUUCGAUCUCGCCCGUCAGCAAAUGACAAGUUCAAUGCUUCUCCGUCUGUCCGUAAAUCAAAGGGCAGCGUGCCAAGAGAAAUGACUAGUCCCAUCACUAGCCCAAUGCUGAAACCACAGCAGUCGACCGGAGACCUCAUGUUCCAGAUGGAUGAUGAGGCUGCUCUUUCUCCAUCCGAUGCCAAGGGCAAAAUACCUAUGCGUGGACUAAGGUUCAGUGAAGAUAGAGGCCGGUCUUACCCCAAUUCCCCGGCAUUGGGAGCAAGCAUCCCUGAAGAUGAUUCGCUUGGAGAUCGAAGUUUCUUGGAUCAACAAAUGUUUUCUCCGCGAGGUCCAAUGAUUGCCGAGUCCCCGACUGAAUCUAAAGCAAUUGCCAUGCACCAAAAACGGACCUUGGCAUCACCGGCUGAUGCUUCUGCGGCGCCGUGGAACUCCCCUGUCAUAUCCGAUGGCAAAAGAGACCUCCAGGAUAUCAUGAGCGAGACCUCCCAGUCUCGGGUGUCAAAUCUCACCCUAGGUAUGACAGCCAGAAGAGAGAGCAGUGGUAACUUCACGCCGAAAAUAUCUCAGAAAGAACGGAAGAAGAUGCAGCAGCAACAAAUGCAAGAAAAAUUGGCCGCACAGCAAAAGGCUAAAGAUGUUCCAUCGAAUCCAUGGCAGUUACCGACGUCAACUCCGUCAAGUGUACAAGGCAGAUCUGGUCCUCUACCAGGCCAGAGUGGGUCCAACUCACCAGCUCCUGAGCCUGUUAAGACGCCUCAAAAACCCUCCAUGACUCUCAGGCAAACUGUAGCUGGCACACCGCCACCUCGUUCUCAACCAGUGGCCACUCCAGUGCAGGCACAGAGCCGUAAAGUCUCGGCCAGCAUGCAACAGUCCCCCUUCUCAAAGUCAUCGCCCUCCGGCCCUCCCACUCCAUACCAACAAAGUCUUCCCAAACUCUCUCCCCAACCUAGCAUUCAAUCUAUUCGCCACAUUCCGCGCCCUGAUACCCACCUUCGCUCCCCAUCUUAUGGAUCAUUCUCCAUAGCAGCUAUUCUGGAGCAACAGCAGGCUGAAAAGGACGAGAUUCGGGAAGCAGCUACAGCCAAGCAUAACAUGGAAGAUAUCCAAGCCGAGCAACAGUUCCAGCAGUGGUGGGAUCAAGAGAGCAAGCGUGUACAGGGUCUUCUUGAGCCUGAGCCCGAACCACAGCAACGUGGCGGCAAAGGUGGUCGUGGCGGUAAAGCUUCCAAUGCGUCUGGAAGUUCACGCAAGCGUCGUGGAAACAAGAGCACGGCUCCUGAUGGUGCUGAAUCUCGGAGCCAAAAGCAAACUUCAGCCCCAACUUCCGGUCAGGCCACACCAAAGAAGAAUGUGAACGGUUCUGCCUCACCUGUGCCACAGUCAAAUGGGACCGGACACCAUGUCUCUACGGGACCGAGCAAAAACGCUCGCCGUGGAGGUUCCACAAACAGAGGCAAGGGACGGGACCGUGGAUAA